AUGCGUUUCACUCUCGCUGCUCUCUUCCUCAUUGUCGGCACUGGCCUUGCCGCCCCUCUCGCUCGACGAUCUCUCGUCAGUGAUGUCGGUGGCCUUCUCGGAGGAAUCACUCAGGGCGUUGUUGUCGAUGUUGUCGCCCUCGAGACUCAGCUGGUGACCCUCCUCGGUCCCAUUGUCCAGAAGAUCGAGGCUGUUCUCCCCGUGACUCUGGCUGCCAAGCUUGUCAGCCUUGUCCAGACUGUUGAGGGUCAGGUCGCUGCCACCGCUGGCAUCAACAACGUUGUCCAGAUUGUCGGUGAGGCUCUUGCUAUGGUGGCCCAAGGUGUUGAUCUCAACGCCGUCAACGCAUACCUCAACGCUGCCACUGGCGGUUCUCUUACUACCCUUGAGGUAGCUCUUGGUGUCAACAACCUUACUGAGGUGCUUGGUCUCACCCAGUAA